AUCGUUCCCCUCGCUCCCCUUUUGCGCAUGCGUGCUGGGGAUCGAGCCGGGGGCGUGGGGAGCCUGCGGCCUGGCUUGUUACCAGAAUCUCAAUGGCUUUCUUGAAUAGGCGACUGGGCUUGCUGUUAACCCAAGUAAACAGAGCAGUCGAGCAGCGGCACUUCAGCAUCACUGGAGCAUGCAGUGCGAUACAGAAACUGACCCGCGUGCGAGUGGUGGACAACAGUGCCUUGGGGAACACGCCGUACCAUCGGCCGCCCAAAUGCAUCCAUGUGUAUAACAAGACUGGAGUUGGUAAAGUGGGGGAUAAAAUUCUCCUGGCUAUCAAAGGAGAAAAGAAAAAGGCUUUAAUUGUAGGUCACAGGAUGCCUGGCCCUCGCAUGACACCUAGAUUUGAUUCCAACAAUGUGGUGCUCAUCGAAGACAAUGGAAACCCAACCGGGACUAGAAUAAAAACCCCAAUACCCUUGAUCCUGCGGAAGCGCGAAGGAGAGUUCUCUAAAGUGUUGGCCAUUGCCCAGCACUUAGUGUGAAGACUAUGAAAGGUCUCAGGCUGUCCUGCUGCAUGAUCUUUGAAAGAGUAAGUGUUCCAUAUGGUUCCACUUAACCUAGAAGAGGAUCCAAGGAGAACUGAGGUUCAUCAGGAGACUUGUCUUCUACUUGUGAAUUAAGAUCUACAGCCGAAUAAAAGAUUUUUAAGGCA